AUGUCGCGGCGGCCGAUCUGCCGUUUGAAGGUUGUGACCGGCCAUGCUACUGCUCUACGGGCCUCAGCUUGUGGAAGCGAGUCCGAGGAUGAUGUGGACCUCGACAGCCUGGCCUAUGGGUUCAUGGCUUCGCAGGCUCUCUUUGCCGCGCUGGAACUGGGCGUCUUCGAUCACCUGGCGAAGGGCCCGCAAAGCGUCUCCGACUUGGCAGCCGGGUGCGGGGUGCCCUGCAAUCGCCUGCAGACUCUGCUGACUGCGCUGGUGGCAGCAAAGUGCUUGCGCCGAGACGAAUCACAGCUCUACAGCAAUUCGCCGAAUGUUCAAAAGUUUAUGGUGUCGUCUUCAAAGGCCUACUAUGGUGACUAUUUCAAACAUCAGGUGGGUGGCUUGUUUUAUGCCCGGAUGGGGCAGCUGGCAAAAGUGCUGAGGGGAGAGGAGGUGCUCGACUACUCCCAGUGGUUCUCGGAUCCAACAGUGGCCUCGCUCUACACGUCCGCGCAGCAUAAUGGCAGCUUAGCCACAGCGAAGUCCCUCUUCAGGAAGGUUUCGCUUGCAACGACCGGUCAGAUGUUGGAUGUCGGCGGAGGCAGCGGCGCUUUCUCCCUGCAGGCUUCGAGAAUGAACCCAGAGUUGAGGGCCACCGUGCUGGAUUUUCCGGAGGUCUGCCGCGUUGGAAGAAGCCUCAUGGAGCAAGCUGCACCGGAGAAGCCGCCCAGAGUGAGCUUCAAGGAGUUGGAUGCCACUUCCCCUUCCUGGCCCGUUGAAGCCGAGUCUCAAGACCUUGUUCUCAUGUCUUACCUUUGUGGCUCGGUGCCCGAGGAUCUGAUUGCUCAGUUGUUUCAAAACGCCUUCCGAGUGCUCCGCGCAGGUGGCCGUCUGGUGGUGCAUGAUUUCAUGGUGGACGACACCAGAGAUGGACCCGCCUUGGGAGCGUACUGGGCGCUGCAGCACGUCACUGUAAAUCCCACUGGGUUGGGCUUGGCCCCGUGCGACAUAAGCUCGCGCAUGAAGGCCGCAGGCUUUGACCGUGUUGAGGCUUUUGACAUGAUUGCAGCCAUGACCAAGGUCGUGCAUGCUACAAAGCCCUGUUUCGUUUCGCUGCUGCCCCUCGAGCCCGUCGGUGCCAAGGAGGCAGCAUCCGCCGAGCCACGCUGGACGAGCUUUCCGGCCCUCUGGGCGAAAGGCCGGGCGACCUUCGAGGAGCGCGCCCUUCUUUUGUGCUCACUUCUGCUAGGUUACUCCUUGGAUGCCUGGGUCUGCCUGGGCACGGACGACAAGGGGCUCGCCCAUGCCUGGGUUCUGGUCCGCGAUCGCGCAGACGCGUCAACCCCCGCCCAGGUCACCCUGUGGGAUCCGCGGAAUGCGCAGCGCAUCAAGGCAGACGACCCCCGAUACCUGAGGUCCUUCUCCUCAGUCGACACGGUAUUCAACCACCAACGUAUCCUCGUUUGCCACGAGGAUGAGUUGCAACACGUCUGCUACGACUUCAGCGAUCCCCGAUCCUGGCUGGCCGCACCAGUAGACCAAGAGAUCUUGGAUGUCCUUCGCCUGUACCCGAGCACUUUCUGCCCAGGAGUUUCAGACCUCGCGCUCAAGACGUGGCCGCCCUCCAUGGACAGCGAGCCUUUGGAGGAGGCCAUUGAGAGCAAGCUGGGCGCCGCUAUCCGCAGCCACCGCGAGGCCGCAGGCUUGCCUACACGAUUGGACUCGCAUCUCGCACAAUUGCUGCACGUGGCCCUCGUGAAUUGCGAGUGCGAAAGACGCGGCCUGCCAUCACAGGCAGCGGUCUUCGAAGGCCUGGCCAGCCGAGUCUGCGCUCCGGGGGAAGUGCUGCGUGCCACGCCCGUACAGUUCAACCAUCUUCGGGUCUCCCUCUUCUGGUCCGCGCUGAGUGACAGGGCUUCAAUUCGGGAGGUCCUGGCUUCGCCUGCCACCACGGCUUUCGCGGUGCGCGCGAGAGUAGUCCGGCAGCCUGAGGACGCUGUGGCGGUGUGGGUGCUCAUUGCCGCCAAGGGAAAGAUGUGA